AUGAUUUGCUUCAGGUACUCUGUCUACCUGUUAAUUGCAAUUUCUGUACUAAAAUGUGAAUCAGAAAAUGAAAUAAAUGAUCGACUGAGGACUGCUAUCAACAAUGAUCAACCCAGAAUAACUUCAAAUAAUGGCAAUUUGAUAUUUCAACCUGGCAACCUAAAGAAUAUUGAAUUCAAGACUUCAUCAUCUGGGAGAAUUAAAUUAAAUAAUAACGAUCUGGAACAACAACUUAUUCAGAUUGGAAAAAAUAAGGAUGACAUUGUUGAAUUGAAAGCUAAUGGAGGUCAUAUCCCUCAGAACAUUUCUAAUCAAAUCAGUCAGCUGAAUGUAUGGCUACAACAUCUUGAAGCCAGUAUUAAGGCUGUACAAACAAUAUUGCAAAGACGUGCAUGCAAGAGCAGCCCUUGUCAGAAUGGUGGAAGGUGCCUGGAUCUCAUUGAUUCUUUUUUCUGUCUCUGUCCAAGCAACUGGAAGGGACUUACUUGCUCUGAUGAUGUCAAUGAAUGUCUGGCCAAUGCUGGACCAUCGCUAACAUGUCAAAAUGGAGCAACAUGUGUUAACACAAAAGGCAGUUACAGAUGUAACUGUACUCCCGAAUGGUAUGGUCCACACUGUACUUUCAAAUAUGAUGAUUGCCAAGGUGAUUCACAAGCACUGUGUGAACAUGGCAUCUGCAUUGAUGUAGAGAGAGUGCAGCCAAACCAGCCCAAGUUCCAGUGUAUCUGUGAUGCUGGAUGGACUCAUGCUCCAACAAGCUCCGCCUGUAGUUCUGAUAUUGAUGAAUGUAAUCUUCCAGCUCAUCCCUGUUCAACAAAUCCUCCAGUCAAGUGCAUUAAUUCUCCAGGAUCAUAUAGUUGUGAGUCAUGCCCAACAGGCUGGGAAGGAAAUGGAUACAGUUGCCAAGAUAUUGACGAGUGUGAAACUCAGAAUGGAGGAUGCUCUCAGGCUCCAAUAGUUCGGUGUAUUAAUACAAUGGGAUCUUACCACUGCGACUUAUGUCCACCAGGUUACCAGGGUGAUGGGAAGACAUGCACACCGAUUGAUGUAUGCUCUAUAAACAAUGGAGGAUGCCAUCCCUUGGCAACAUGCACUUUCACUCCAGGUAAUACCAUUCAAACUUGCACUUGUCCUCAUGGUUAUGUUGGGAAUGGCUUUGGAUCCAGUGGCUGUGUUCUUUUCCAUGAUGUUUGUCAACCCGAUAAUCCCUGUGCGAAUGGGCGGUGUCUUGUCACAGUGUCAGGUUAUGUGUGCAUUUGUGAUCCAGGAUGGACCAGCACUAACUGUACUGAGAAUAUUAAUGAGUGUGCCAGCAACCCCUGCCAGAAUGGUGGAAAUUGUACUGAUGGUGUUAAUUUUUAUUCUUGUGCUUGCACUAACGAAUGGACAGGCCCGCAGUGCCAAAUGCCACAGCAAGGUAAACUGAUCAAUAUCUGUGAUGUUGACCCUGGCUGUGGAGGAACAUAUGAAGAUAGUAAGGGCAUUCUCACCUCCCCCAACUGGCCCAAUCCAUUUCCCAGCAACAAGCAAUGUGUCUACAUUAUCCAGCAGCCCACUGGGGAGCGCAUCCACCUCCAGUUCACACAUAUGGAAUUGGAAUUCAACAACAGCUGUUCCUCAGUCUACAUAGAGGUUCGUGAUGGUGGAACAGAGAAGGAUCCUCUAAUCAACAGGUUCUGUGGUUCCACUCUCCCUGCUCCCAUUACCACAAGUGGUAACAAAAUGUGGAUAAAAUUUAAAGCAGAUGUUUCUACCUCAAAACGAGGUUUUCUUGCACUAUACGAAGUUGCAUGUGGUGGCACACUGAAUGGCGAUGGAGUGAUAGAGUCUCCUUAUUAUCCUAACCCUUACCCGCAUGACAAAUCCUGUGAGUGGGUUAUCAACCAGCCAGAAGGACAAGUGGUCACACUCAAUUUCAUUUCUUUCGAUAUUCAGAAUGCUACAAAUUGCAACCAUGACUAUGUGGAGGUGAAAGAUGGCUCUAUGAUAGACUCUCCACUAAUUGGUAAAUAUUGUGGUACCAACUUUCCACCAAUAGUUCGAUCAAUGCAGAGGUCAAUUUUUGUCAAGUUCAAGACAGACUCUAAAAUAAAUAGCUAUGGAUUUCAAGCCAAGUAUGGAUCAGCUGAAAAAGGAUGUAGUGAGGUUCUGACAAAACCAGCAGGUAUCAUUAGUAGCCCUGGAUAUCCAACAGAUUAUCCACAUGGUGCCAAAUGUAUCUGGUAUAUUUCAGUUCAGCCUGGAUAUAUAAUUCGUCUCACAUUCAAUUUCUUUAAUGUUGAAUAUCACAUGAACUGCACCAAGGAUUAUGUCGAAGUGUUUGAUAAUGGUACCAUUACUUCUGGUAGACGAAUAGGAAGGUUCUGUGGAAGGUCUGUUCCUCCUUCUGUGACCAGCAGUGGCAGUUUGAUGAGCCUUCUUUUUGUAUCUGAUUCAAGUCUAGCUGUUGAGGGAUUCUCAGCUCAUUAUGAUUCACUUGAUGCCUCUUCAGUAUGUCGGGAAGAAUUCUUUGAAUUGACUGGUACUUUAACCUCUCCAAACUAUCCAAAUGGUUACUCUCGUAACCAAGAGUGCAUCUACACAAUCAGUGUGGAAAACAACAAGCAAAUUCUACUCAACUUUACUCACUUUGAGUUAGAUGGACACCAAACUUGUACUUCUGGCUAUGUUGAAGUUAGGAAUGGUGGGUAUGAAACCUCCCCCUUGGUUGGACAGUAUUGUGGAUCCAAAGCCCCGCCACCUAUCAUAUCCCACAGCAAUCGGCUAUGGAUUAAAUUUAAAUCAGAUAACACUCUUCAAUAUCGUGUAUUUAAGGCUCAUUGGGAUGGCACCACAACAGGUUGCGGUGGAACUCUUACAACAUCAACAGGGAGUUUUACCUCACCCAACUAUCCAAUGUCAUAUUCACACAAUGCAGAAUGCUACUGGCUGAUUGAAAUCAAUGCAGGUAGUGUGAUUGAACUGCAGUUUGAACAAGUUCAUUUGGACUCUAGCGCUGGAUGCAAUUUGGACUACCUAGCUAUUUAUGAUGGAAACAAUACUAAUUCCCAGCUUUUGGCCAAACUGUGUGGUCAUCAGAUGUUAGUAUCAUUUCUCUCUUCCAGAAAUAAUAUGUACAUAAUACUCCGAACUGAUAGCUCAGUAACAGCAGGAGGAUUUUUUGCUAAAUAUACACACAUUUGUCAGAAAGUGAUAAUUGCAAAUCGUAGUCAAGGGAUCUUAGAAAGUACAAACUUUCCACGGCCUUAUCCUUCGAAGCAAGAUUGUUCCUGGACCAUACAGGCAACAGCUGGGAACACCAUCAACUUCACCUUCACUGCCUUCACUCUGAACUUCAAGAACUGCCAAUUAGCUUGGUUAAAGCUAUACGAUGGAUCCAGUGCCCAGUCUCCACUUAUUGGGACUUUCUGUGGGAAUACUAUACCUCCAUCAGGCACAAGCUCUGGGUCUAGCCUGCAUGUUGAAUUCCAUUCGGACUCCAGCUUUUCAGGGAAUGGAUUCCAGAUGCUGUGGUUACAGAAUGGAUGUGGUGGAGAACUGCUUGGGUCAAAAGGCAGAUUCAGCAGUCCCGGCUAUCCAGACAGGUACCCACAUAAUCAGGAAUGUAUUUGGGUCAUUCACGGAGAUCCUGGCAGCAGUAUUGAGCUCACCAUCCAUGAGUUUGAUGUGGAAUAUCACCAGACUUGCAGUUUAGAUGUACUGGAGGUGUAUGGUGGUCCAGACAUUACCUCUGCACGGUUAGCCAAACUAUGUAGAACCCGCCCACCAAACAACCCACUAGUAGUCUCCAGCACUGGAAACUAUAUCACUGUCCGAUUUAAGACAAAUUCAAAUGGCAAUGCAAAAGGUUUCAAUGCCACCUGGCAACAGAAAGCAGGAGGUUGCGGUGGGAUUUUUACAGCACCUAAUGGCGAGUUCCACUCACCAAACUAUCCCAGUCCUUAUGGCAGUAACGUUGACUGUUCCUGGAUCAUCACAGUGGAUUACCACCACCACGUCCUACUUGACUUUGUUGACUUUGAUCUUGAACAACAUCAAUCAUGUGAUUCUGACUAUGUAGCUGUUUAUGAUGGUUCGGAUGAAACAGCCUUCAUGUUGAGGAAACUGUGUGGUAGUUUAAUUUCAGAAAGGAUCACAUCUACUUACAAUGUACUCUAUGUACGUUUCCGCUCAAAUGGCAGUAAUGAGCACAAAGGAUUCAGAGCAGUAUUUGAUCAAACAUGUGGGUCCUACAUUACUACUGAUGAUGUUGGGGGAAUUAUCACAUCACCUCUAUAUCCUAAAAACUAUUCAAACAAUCAGCAAUGUAGCUGGAUCAUUCGAGCGCAGAAACCAUUUAACCAUGUUACAAUCUCUUUUACUGACUUCGCAAUCGAAAACAACAGUGCAAACUGCUCAGCAGAUGCUUUGCAAGUCUUAAAUGGAGACAACGCUGGAGCCCCUUCUAUUGGUCGUUACUGUGGAAAUACAAUGCCUUAUCCUAUCACAUCAUUCAGUGAUGCCUUGUUUGUCAACUUCAGUUCCAACAAUGUCAUCACAUGCAAAGGUUUCCGAGCAAUUUAUGCUGCAUCUACAUCAGCGUGUGGCGGAACGUAUCACAUGGAAACAGGAGCUUUCAAUAGUCCCAACUUCCCUGAUGAAUCUCCACCCAACUAUGAGUGUGUCUGGUAUAUCAUCAGUUCACCUGGUAACCGUGUCCAACUAUCCUUCAUAACUUUCGAAAUUGGAUUAAGUAUUAACUGUACCUCAGCUUACCUUGAAAUUCGAGAAGGAAAUUCCACUGGUCAGCUAAUUGAACGUUACUGUGGUCUUUCUUUACCUGCAAAUUACACAUCAAUUAAGGGGCACAUCUUGUGGGUGAAGUUUGUUUCUGAUCCAACAUCUCCUGGUGGUAGAUUCAGUGCCAUAUUUUCUCAUUUGUAUGGCAAUGAGAUUGCCGGAUUUCAAGGACAAAUUGCAUCUCCACUUUGGCCACUGUAUUACCCACACAAUGCCAACUACCACUGGACAAUUACAGUUCCUGCAUCCUAUGUUAUCCAUGUAAAGAUCUUGGAAUUGGAUAUUGAUUCAUUACAAGGAUGCAGAUAUGAUACAUUAAUGUUCUAUGAUGGCCCUAAUAUACAUGCACGUCUUAUUGGAAAAUACUGCGGCUUUAAACUGCCCCCAGAUUUGUCAUCCACUGCAAGUACCAUGACAGUUCAGUUUAUAAGUGACCCUACUACGAAUGGCAAAGGUUUCCUGCUGGAAUGGUUUGCAGUGCAAUACAUUAUUGACCCAACUGCAAUACCUACUAUUCAACCAGGUGCAUGCGGUGGAGUUGUUGUCGCUGCGGAUAUCCCAACAUUUCUCUUCUCACCAGGUUGGCCCAACAAAUAUGAAAACGAUUUGGAUUGUUCUUGGGUCAUCUGGGCACCACAAGGCACAGUGGAACUUCACAUUCUGGCUCUAGAUAUUGAAUCAGAUAAGAAGUGUAACUACGAUAACUUAGUCAUCAGAGAUGGGGACAAUAACCUUUCUCCAAUACUUGCCACUCUAUGUGGUAACCAAUUACCUGGACCUCUCCGAUCUAGUGGUGAUGCAAUGCUCAUUCGAUUUACAUCUGAUCAGGAGACCAAUGGUGGUGGUUUCAAUGCUUCUUACUACAAAACUUGUGGUGGGCGGCUCAAUGCUGACCACGGUGUUAUUCUUUCACCCAACUAUCCCCACAAAUAUACACCAAAUCUCAGUUGCACUUGGCUUAUUGCUGUCACCAGUGGUUCCAUAAUUUCUAUCCACUUCAAUUGGACCUUCCAAGUUCAAAGUUCUGACCCAAACUGUACAACUGGAGACUACUUAGAGUUAAGGAAUGGUCCUGAUGCGUCUUCCCCACCUUUGACCACCCAUGGAGGAAAUGGACACUAUUGUGGCGAGAACCCUCCUUCCACAAUGCACACAUCAGACAAUCAGCUCUUUGUACGUUUCACUUCUGAUGGAAGGAAUGAAGGCCUUGGGUUCAAGUUCAAGUAUGAAACUUCAGAGUAUGCUUGUGGUGGUAUUUUUUAUGCAAACAAUGGCUCUUUCCAUUCACCAAAUUGGCCACAGAAUUUUCCUGAAAAUAUUGAAUGCACUUGGGUAAUUGUAGCCCAUGAAAGCAAGCAUGCUGAAAUUACUUUUGACAAGAAUUUCCAGAUUCCAGACAGCACUGUUAACUGUGGGACCAGCUAUGUUAAGGUCUGGAAAGGAACUGCUGAAACUGCCGAAAGCUUGUUGGCUACUCAUUGUGGAAAUAUUGCUCCAGGACCUGUCAUUGCACCAGCUAAUAUUGUGACAGUUCGGUUUCAGUCUAAAGGCAGAGUUGGAACUGGUUUCUCAGCAUUUUUCACUAACCGAUGUGGAACAAAUUUCACUGCUUCUUCCGGCCGUAUUAUAUCACCGAACUACCCUCACAAUUAUGACUCGAACUUGAACUGCAAGUACCUCAUCGAUACAUCCAAUCAUCGACUUAUAAUCUUACAAUUUGAAGCUUUCGAUAUAGAUGGAUUUUUUAGCUGUGAGGAAGACAGUUUGAAGAUAUAUCGUGGAACUACAGCAAGUGGGAAUCCUAUAGCUACCCUUUGUGGUUUUUUAACCCCAGCACCAAUCAGUAGCUAUGGCCCAGUGCUACUGGCUUUCAAAACAAAUCAUGUUUACACAAAAACUGGAUUUGUGAUCAACUACCAUUCAAUCUCCUGUGGAGAUUCAUUUCAGGGACCAAGUGGCAUUAUCAGCAGCCCAACUUACUCAUGCAUUGAAAACCACAUCAUAAAUUGUACAUAUAGCAUCACUGUUGGAAAGAACAGGAUUGUUAAAUUGAAAUUCAAUGAAUUUGACAUUGACGCUUCAUCAGCAUGCGCCUUGACCUAUGUGGCUGUCUAUGAUGGUUCGAACACUCUUGCACCACUUUUAGGCCAGUUCUGUGGUGCAAAAAUGCCACCUGUUUUGAGGAGUACUGACAACUCGAUAUUCGUUGUGUUUAAAAUAAACAGCUAUUGUCCUGUUGGAGAAUGGAAGGCUUCAUAUACAGAGACAUUAGGGGUAAACCAAGGAUGUGGUGGAUACUUAAGCAGCAUUACGGGCAACUUCAGUUCACCAGAUAUUAACUUCGAUGACAAAUAUGAAAAUAACUUAUACUGCGUGUGGCGCAUAUUUGUACCUUUAAAUAAGAUCAUCAACAUGACUUUCACAGCCUUUCUACUGGAGGACCCAUCAGAAGGAACUUGCAAAUCUGAUUAUGUUAGUAUUUAUGAUGGAGAGGAUAUCAACAGCCCAUUAGUAGGCACUUACUGUGGCUCAGAACUGCCGCCGUCCUCUGUCUCAUCCAGUAACUUCCUUACUGUGAGCUUCACCUCUGGCUCCUCGGUUGAGUUAGCUGGCUUUAAAGCAACAUAUGUAGCCAAUGAUCUGUUCUGUGGUGGAAAUUUCAAUUCUACCGACACAACUCAGAUCAUUACGUCUCCUGGCUACCCGCAUGACUAUCCACUCCUCACCAAAUGCCAUUGGAUCAUCGAUGCUCCUGAGCAGGAACAAAUCAGAGUGACAUUACAGGAAUUCAAUUUGCCAGUCAGCCCAAACUGCAGUGGAGAUUACCUGGAGAUUAAAGACUGGCCAUUGAAUGAUUUUGGACAAAUUUAUCGGUUAUGUGGUUCCAAUCCAACAUUCCUAGAUUUCUAUUCAUAUGGACGCACCAUUAAGAUUGAUUUUAUUUCAAAGGCAUACCAGAGUGGAAACAAAUUCCAGUUAAUGCACAAAGUUGCAGGUUGUAGCAGACAAUAUAACCAGUCAUAUGGUUAUCUGAAGAGUCCUGGCUGGCCCAAUGUCUAUCCACAUCAUCUCGAUUGUACAAUCAUUCUGCGAGCACCAGAAAGCCACAAGAUUUCCCUCUUCUUUCAUGCCUUCGACAUUGAAGCCUAUCCUGGUUGCAACGCUGACUAUUUAGAGAUAAAAAAUGGUACAGAUAGUAAUGGACAACUGCUUGCCACGUUGUGUGGUCAAAAACUGCCAAAUCCCGUUUUCCCAAAUUUCCACACACUUACUUUACAUUUUAAAACUGACGUCGUGGCAAGUCGCAAUGGUUUUGAAAUCACUUGGACAUCAUCUCCAAAUGACUGUGGUGGAACACUGUUUGGCUCCAGUGGGUCUUUUUACAGUCCUAACUACCCAGCCACCUACAAUAACAAUACCGACUGUGAAUGGAUAGUUGUGGCACCAAUUGGACAUGUACUAACAAUAAACUUCAUCUCCCUUAAUAUUGAUGACCCUGGUGAUUGUAUGAAGAACUACUUGAUGCUGUAUGAUGGACCAGAUAGCAACUCACCACCAAUUGGCCCAUACUGUGGAAUGGAAAGUAACAUUGCUCCUUUCACUUCUGCAUCUUACCGUGUAUUUGUGAAAUUCCAUGCUGAAUAUGCAGUUAUACCAUCUGGAUUCAGAUUACAAUGGACCAGUUAA